UUUUAUGGGUACACAAGAAUAAAGCAAAGAACAAGAGAACACACCACACCACAAAACAAGCAGAGAAGAGCAGAGAAGAGAAGAAUCUCUGUGUUUUCUUCUCUUUUUCCAAGCAUAAGAACAGCAAAACAAUUCUAGAAAGAAGUGGUUGCAAAAAAUGGGAGGAAGAUGGGCUUCAAGAUGGAGAAGAGCUGCAAACAAGAUUGGACUUCCAUGUGUUUCAUUCUCUUCUACAAAUCAUGCUCCUCAUCUUCAACAACAACCCAAAACUAUCUCAAGUUCUGUAGUUUCAAAGGAUGCAGAAACCAGUGGACUGUCUGCUAACAAGAAUUUAUGUGCGAUAUGUCUAGAGCCACUACGAGCUAGCGGAGACGGAGAUGAUAGUGGUGGUGGUGGUGGUGGUGGCGGUGGUGGCGAAAGCGGAGCCACGGUAUUCACCGCGCAAUGUUGGCACUCAUUUCACUUCACAUGCAUUGCAUCAAAUGUGAGACAUGGUAACAUGACAUGUCCAAUUUGCCGGGCUCAUUGGCCUAAUCUUCCCCGGGGUCUUGCACCGCCAUGCCAUCGGAAUGAUCCGAUACUUCGUAUUCUUGAUGACUCUAUUGCCACAUCUCGUGUCAACCGCCGCACCUCCCUCCGGUCCACUCGAUACAAUGAUGAUGACCCUGUCGAGCCUGACAUUAGCCCACCGGGUCCACAUCUUGACUUUGCUCUGAUACCAUGUCCAGUGUCAUUAAACACCUCACCAAACUGUCUGAACCAGAACAGGUUUUACCUGUCGGUUAGACUUGCUCAUCAGCAGGCUAUGGACAUUGUGUUAGUAGCAAGUCCAAAUGGUCCUCAUUUACGGCUCCUCAAACAGGCCAUGGCAUUGGUUAUAUUUUCACUUCGAUCGGUUGAUCGAUUAGCCAUUGUGACAUACUCAUCGUCAGCGAGCCGAGCUUUUGCCUUGAGGCGAAUGACGGCUCACGGAAAACGGACCGCAUUGCAAGCCAUUGACAGGUUGUUCUACAUGGGUGAAGCAGAUCCUGUUGAGGGUCUAAGUAAAGGUGUUAAGAUUUUGGAAGAUAGGAGUCACCAGAAUCCUUUAGCUUGCAUUAUACACCUUUCGGAUAGUCCGACGAGAGCCUAUGCCAAUGAUGAACUCAUGGUUCAUUUCCCGGUCCAUCGGUUUCAUAUCGGGUUUGGGUACGGGCUGUCCAAUGGGUUUGUGAUGCAUGAGUUUGAAGAGUUCUUAGCAAAGUUGCUUGGGGGUGUUGUAAAGGAGGUUCAGCUGAUGAUUGGAGACAAUGCAGGUUGGAUAAGGCUAGGGGAGCUACGUGGAGGCGAAGAACGAAGGAUUCCGGUGGAUGUGAUGAGUAAUGACUGCAUGUUUGUUUGUGUUGGAUAUAGUUUCAUUGAAGGAGGAGGAGAUGAAGAGAGAAUGAGGGCCGGAGAGGUGGUGGUGGAGGUUGGAGAAAAGAGUGAAAGAGGCUGCAGAGUAUGUGGGGUCAGAGACCGGGAAUUGAUCGACGAGGGAAGUGCCCAGGGCCGUCUAAGUAAUGUGCAUCGACGGGACUAUCUUGAUCCAUUCAUGGCACGACGGUGGGCAAAACAUUUGCAUGGUUAUAGGGCUUGAUGUUAUGCAUAGUGUUCAUUCAAAGACUCAUCAUACAAAGUUCAUCCCAGGUAAGACCAUCAUCCUGUUCAUUCAUAUACGCUCUCUUCACCAUCUUGUGUUCUACCUGUUGAGUGUGGAUCAUUUGAUGUCCAUUUGUAACAAAAUUUUAUUGCUAUGUUAAAGAUACAUUACAAGUCAAUCAUCUUCUCAGAAAGAAAA